UGUGUAUUAGUGUGCGGGAGACGGCGCCGCUGAACUCACCACACAUCCAAGAGAUUCAGAUACAAUUGCCAACUGCUGGCUUAGUUGCUGUUCCGUUCUUGUGUCGUUCGUGUGGCGGGCGCGAUUUUACAAAUAUUUUUUAAAUUUUUGUUUGCGAUUCAUUUUGCCAAUUUUGUUUUCGAGUACUGUGCGGCGCAAUCCCAAGUGUAAAGUGAAGUGAACGGUUUUUAAAUACAAUACAUCCAUAUGUAUGUAUAUGUAGAAAUGCAAAGAAAAUAAAUCCAACCGUCCAAUCGCUCAAACGUGAUUUUAACUGAAGCAUUACAAAUCAACUGGGAAACCUUAAAUACAUAUCAAGAAUACAAGCAACUUAGUAAAUAAACAUACAUAUUAAUGGCGCAAUCAAAACACAGCGGAUAAAGCAUCAUUGAAGGAACUCAUGAAAUGAACACAAGUGCAUAUCAAACCAAUAAAAUCGCCCUUGAGCAUAUCAAAGUUAUUAAGUGAUAUACUUACAUAUUUAUAUGUAUAGAUACAAUACUAUAUGUAUUAAGCAACGAGAGAGCCAAUUCUCAAACGUGAAAAACAAUUGAAGCAGCUAAGUACUUGAAAAGCAGACAGAGCCAACGGCAAAGUUGUGUCGCUCCCCGUUUCUUCUUCAUUCCCACGCACCUAGCGCACCGCCAACGACCACGACUAACCGGGCUCUUGUGUGCGUGUGAUAUAAGUUAGUCAAUUCAAAUAAUGCGCAUACGAUAGGAUCGAUGUUACCAAAAAAAUUGAUGUCCCUCCAUGAUAUUCCAAAAAGAGAACAAAAAAAAAGAACUAUUGCUUUAUGCGGAAAAGAACUAUGCGGCUACGUGCGAUGGACCACCCACACAGCCACCACAGCUGCCGCCCCCUCCACAUCCACACCACCCUCAGACGCCAAACACGUCAUCGCGAUCAUCGGUGGGCAGCUUCAACUGCUAUUCAGACGAGUCGAAUUCGACUCUAAUGCAGGAGCAGUCGCACACGCCCCCGCCGCCAUACAGCUCGAUGUCCUGCGCCAUAGACUGUUCCAGCUCGGAACGCCAGCAUCAGCACCACCAGCACCAACAUCUAAAACAUCUAGUCUUCCCAGCGGAUGGGGUCGCGGCGGACGUGUCAGUCUCAGUCACGGAGGGAUUGGGCAGCGAACCGCAGCCCGUCUGUACCAAAGGUGGCUACAGCUGCGGAAACUUUGGCGACGAUAUGUUAGUCGACGAAAACAAGCAAUGGCGCUUAGCGCCGAGCUGCAUCCACUAUCAUUCGGACCCCUCUCGACCCUCUCCGACAUCACCUGCAACUCCGACGACGUUCACUACCGCAACAAACUUUGCAAUGAGUGCAGCGAACAUAUUUCGCAAUUGCUGUGGUGGCAGCGAUCACCUGUCGGAGUCCAGCAGCGACUCCUUGCACCCGAGCAGCAAACGAGCGAGUCGACACCAUUACCACCAAAACGAUGCCAACCUGAGUUUUCCCACCUGCCCAAAUCCACGAGGACUGAACACAUCGACGUGCCCAUUAACAGCAACGCCUCCCGCACUUGCUCAGGAAGUCGAAGCACUGACGAAGCAGCUGAAGCAGAAGCAGGUUGCCGCGCUCCUGGACGCUCUGAAGAGUCGCAAUGGCAAAAAUACCACAAGCUACCUGGAUUGCAUUUUGAUAAAGAAGAAUCAACUCGCCGUCGAGGAGAAGCAUGUGACCGUAUGCCGCCUAUUCCUUUGGAAAAACCUCAGGAGUGCUGUAGAACUGAAACGCCUUCCCAUCUGUUCCAGUGCACACGAUUGUAUCUACGACUGCUGCAAUCCGCUGCACUGGUAUCGCGUUAUUUAUAUCACCGACCCAGAGCCCGCACCACCACCGUACCAGUGCUCCAAGAUAUUGAGACUGAGAGAUGCAGAUUCUACGGAAAAAUCGGCCUUCCAGUGGGGCGCGCAAAGCAACAGUCAAAGCUUUUCAAGCGCUAUCAACCGAGGGUCCGAGGUGGAGUCCUUUACCACUGAUGGUGAAGAUCGCUCAGCUUGCGCCAAGGUGUGGUGCCAAAUUGCGUACUGGGAGUUAAAUCAGCGUGUCGGGGAUUUAUUUCAUGUGACGAGCCCAGUGGUCAAUGUGUACACAGAUGGGCCCGCUGAUGCCGCAGGGGAUAAUAUGUGUCUGCGAAAGGUCUCCAAGAAAUCCGCACCUAGUGUACAACAUACGCAACAAAAGAUCGGCCUAGGUAUUACACUGAACCUGGAAUACGACGACGUAUGGAUUUACAAUCGUGGAAAUGGGGCGAUUUUUGUGGACUCGCCAACAUUGAGGGAGUGUUCAGAUCGCGUCUGGAAGGUAAUGCCUGGUCGCUGUUUGAAGGCGUUUGACACCCACAGGGCCCAAAUGCUGUCAUGUAAGCAGCCUACCGUUAAGUCUCUCGGACCCAUCGAUCGGUUCAACAUAAAGAUAAGUUUCGCCAAAGGCUGGGGCAACUCAUACCGAAGGCAGGACAUUAUGGGCUGUCCUUGCUGGCUGGAAGUUCACUUUAACCAGCUAAGGUGACAAACCCUUCAGCAGGAGCAUGUUUUCACAUCACCGCCAGCAGCGACAACGCGUACAACUGGGCCAUUCUGCCACUGUGGUAGUGAAGAAUUGGGCGUGGUGAUAGGCAGAAGUCGAGGCAAAUCAAAUGCACUCCAGCUCUCGCGACAGCUGCUCCGGAAGAUUCGUAAGCUGCUCAGCCGAUGUGGCAGAAAACUUAGUGCGUCGCCGGUAAGGACUGUGGCAACGGUACCAACUACAGCAAAACCAACAACCAACAACAAAUAAGGACUGCAAAUGAAAUAAUUUUAAGUGGUUACUUUAAUUACGAAACACAUUGCAAUCAUAGAAAUGGGUGGUAAGCCCACAUCGAAAUGAACUUAUAUAUAAGCCGUAAGCUGACGAAAAAAGCCGUUAAAUUUGAAAUAGUAAUUGAGUGUUAAACAUAGUUAAAAUUUAAAUCCUGUGAUUCACUCUUUGUAUAUAUGGAUACCUACCUACAUUCAUGAAAGCUUGUGUAGGACUAGCUGUAUGCGAGUAGUUAUAUAAAUAUGUAAAGUACACACCUAAUUAACUUUUAUAUAACUGACAAAAACACAUCAAGAAUCAGAAUUUCGAGUCUAAAUUAUUGUGUAGCCAAUCAACAUCGUUUCCCACAAUAUAGUAUAUGAAAUAAAGCCAUUGUCUGUUAUCCUGAAUUCUUUAAUCCCCACAGAGAAUUCAUUAAUCUAGUUCAGCAAUCUGUAAAUUUCGCAGACCUAUACACAAUUCACAUUCAGGCUAGUAUCAGUUUACCAAAUUUUGUGUAACAUAAUCCUGAACUGACAGUAAUUAAAACUAAAUUAAAUUAAAACUUUUUUUUAACGAUACAAAACCUUAUGUGUCUAUCCUUAGACACGAAAAAUUAUUGUCACACAAAUUCGUUCAAUUUUUCAA